GCCACCUGUCGACCAGUGUCAGGAUGUUAGCCAGCCAUUUGUGACUGAUACAGCUUCAUACCUUGUAGUCCUUACAUUGUAACCUGUCUGCAUUGGUAUACAUCCCUUAAAAUGAAUCCUCAAGAAAAAGGUACUGGCCCUGUAAAUCCUCCAAAAACAAGUUUAUCACAGCGGCAAAGGAAAAGUCUCCAGAUGAGUCGGUAAGUCUUCGUGCAGUCUUAACAUACAGCUAAUAUGCAACGAUUUGUUGGCACUGGUAGUGUGAGAAAGUUUCACAUUUUAAGCAUAUAUACUGUCCCUAUGAUGCCAAUUACUGAUGUUGCCUUAUACUGUAUUGUCUUUUGAGGAUCUAUGCAUAAGGUGGAUGGAUAAAGUGAUGAUAAUCGACUUCAGUGUUGAGGUGUUUCGUGAUUAGCUAAGCUAAGUUAGCCUGUUGUGCUGCCUCUGUGAACAGUGAGUUUUAUUCCGGUAGGCGUGUUGGUUUGAUAAAACGAGCUGUAUUUACACAAGUAAUAUCGUCCAAUCUCGUUUGUGCUUGUGAUAAAGAAUACCUCACGGCUACAAAGAGGCAAUGCAGUUCAUCUCAGGGAAGCUUUCACUGCCUAAUGGGAGGAUGCAGAUUGAUUCAACUUCAACCAACCAGAAACCUGAAGGUAACUUCAAUGGACAUCCAAACAAACACACACACACACACACACACACACACACACACACACACACACACACACACACACACACACACACACACACACACUAAUAUGUAAACAUAAGGCCAUGUGGCUAACUGUUUGUGAGAGUGUACUAUCACAAAGUAAUAAGCUGUAUCUAAAGAGAAUUCAUGCAAAUCACAAGAUUUCUUUCUAGGGGAGUGUGGGGUACUUUGUUCUUAUUUUGGAUCACUUCAUCAAGUCACUCAUAGUUUUGUGUCUAACUAGUGAAUCUGCAUAUAUUUCAAGAAGUUGUGCAUCCCCGCAAACCAACAGAAUGAGUGUAAACAUAACUGUCUUGAUGAUAUAACGUGCCAAAAAAAGUGGUCUCCUAUGGUCAACUUACCCCGUGUAUGGGGUAAGUUGAGCCGUAUCCCUUAUACCCCCACACUUUCCACCCCAGCCCUCCCUCACCUUCUCUCUCCCUAAGUAACAGUCACUUCUCUACAUUCAUGUGUUUUUUAAUCUAUUAUACAUGAAUACAUGACAUGAAUUGAUGCCCAUCUCCUAAAUAUUUGGUCACAUGAUCAAUUUCUCCUAUCAUUUCCAAGCAAUGAGGGUGGCUCAACUUACCCUUUGGCUCAGCUUACCCCACUCUACCCUAUGUGGUGUUUGAAGACCAAGUAUCUUGACUUCAUUUUGAUUAAAAAAGGGACCCGUUACCUGAUGCAGGCCCAUUAAUCACUACCAUUUAUCAGUUACCUCGAAGCAACAAAGAUAUUGUUUUUGUAAUUGCAUGGCUGAGCCAGAUAUACCUUUUAAAAAAUAAUUCUGCUCUUAAGCUGCAUUUACAGACAAAUUGCUUCUGCUAUUUGGUACUGAGUUCAAAUCUCAUUUAAUUUGGAAUGCAUUGCAUCAGUAAAAGGGUUGGAGUUAAUCCUAAAAUCAGGGUCAACCUUUAAAUUCUUCACUGUUGUUUGUCUCCUGUAUUAAACAGGACCUGCAGAAUUUAGAUGGAGGUCCUCAUUCAAACCUGUAGAUGAACCUGAAGAAGGCCCCUCUGAGGAAAAAAAAUCACCCAGACCAAAGAAGUAAGCAAGUUUAUGAUGUUUAAAGUAGACUGACAUCAAGGAGAGACUGAUGUUUUUCUGUAGUCAUAAUUCAGAAUGUCCCACAUUGGUUUGUGGUGUCAUACAGUGUUCGAAGUACAAACUGUAUGAAGGUGAUGAUGUUACAUACUUAAACAGAUGGGCUACAUGAGAUCAGAGUACAAGCAUCAGGAUUAAUGCCCUACUUGGGGCUUUUCAAACAGACUUAUAGAAUUAUUAGUUUACUCGUUCAUUUGAGGCAUUUGUGAACAUUAGGUGGUCAUUACAAAACAAAAGUUAUAUGCAAAAAGAAAAAAAGAAAACAUUGUAUGUGGCACACAGACACACGUUAAUUCUGUCUUUGUCUCCUUCAGAGAUGAGCUGUAUAAUCCCUACGACCCUGCUUCAUCAGACUCUGAGUCUGAGAUGCCCCAGAGCAAAAAGCAAAACCUCUUCAAUCCUGUUCAGGAUCCAAAAAGUCGAAGUUUGUCCCCAAAGAAAAGCAGUGAGCAAAGCCGCUGGGACUCAUCUGUCCUGAGGCCAGGAAGCCGACCUCUUUGCAGGCUUGACUAUGGCUCUGUUACUUCAGAGAAUGAGAGUCAGGGUCUCAGUCCAAGUCAUAUGCUGCCUGAUCAGCAGACUUAUAGUCCAGAAACUGAAUCAAUUGACCCAGUAGGCUAUUACCCCACAAAAAGACCUCUGGACCACCGAGGCAGCAGUCCUGAAAGAGUUAUUCCCAGCUCCUCUGCCUCCACUCCACCAUUUCCUCUGUCUUAUGGAGGGCAAAGGGCCAACAGAGAGGAGAGGGUGACAGUCCCAGAGUACAGGAGAGAAGUAUCACCAGUACGACAGGUAAAGUAAAGUGACAGUAAGACAGGACCUGUUUGUUUCAUUUUGUUUUUGAUGCAGCAGUGACCUUAUGUGUGCAGUGUGUGACACCUCUGCUCCCUGCUCUUUUUCCCCCUCUGUAGAUGACCACUGUUAGACUAUCACCUCCUCCGUUAAAGCGGGAAUAUCGCCAAGAUUUUGGAUACAGUGAAAAGGGUAAAUUGAAGAUUUAAGGAAAUAGCAACAUUCUUCAGUGCACCUCAUCCCUUUUACCAUGUGUAAUUGCCGUGUUUGUAUUUUCUAUGUGAAUCUGGUUUAAUAUACAUCUGUGUCUCCAUAUGAUCAUCAGAACGGGACCAAAUCUCACCCCCCAACAAGGUGGCAAGACUAAGGAGCAAAGAGGUCAUAAUGGGCAAGUAAGAGCCAAAACUGUCAAUCCUCUGUUUUGUAAAGAUACCACAUAUGUCAUUCAUGUCAUUUAGUAGUGUGCUACAUAGUGUAGUAUGUAGUGUAGUGUAGGGUAUGACAUGCACAAACAUUUGUUCAUAUAUGCACAAAUUAAAGCCAGAGCCAGGAGUUAUAUUCACAGAUGCAUGUUGGUGUACUAAAGGGUCAUCGGCCAAGACAACAGAGUUAACUUUUCUAACUGAACAAGUAAUAAACUGUAUUACAAAGCAGUAAAGCCACUUUGAACAUAUUAGGCCUCAUGCAACAUUUGCAUUUCAAACCUUUUUCUGAACAGCUUCUCUAAUCGUGUUGAUCAUUGCUACUGUAUGCUAAUGCUGUCAAGUAUCACUUUUUAAUACACUGUUAAGCUCACUCAAGAGUGACUGGAUUUAAAUGAGUUCAGGGAAUGUACAUGUUGAGUAACCUAAUUUUUGUUGCCGUGUUUAGGGUUGCAGGUCAUAUCAACUUAAAAAAAAUGAUAAAUGCUUAUUUUACUGCUUCCCAUAAGCAAGGAAUUUAUACUUUCCUAUUGUAUUGUAUUUCUCUGCCAAGUUUUCAGCUCCGAGUAGCACAUGGUUCAUCAAAUAUGUUGUUUUAUCAUAUCUAUAUUUCCACUGUUUUUUUUUUUUUUUCAGUUUCUAGUUACAUCAAAAGUUGUGUAAUGUGAGUAAAUAUUCACAUUCCCUUUUUUUCACACUGACAACCUUGAACACAAUGUUGGAAAAUGAUUCUUUUGUUUUGCUUUAAGACUUUCACCAUUAGCAUGGCAGUGAAAUGGCUGCGGUGUGGCUAUGGGGAAUAAGGGAUGUUUUAAAGCCAGCUUUUGGAGCAAUUAUAUUCAAACAAUACUAUUUUUUUUAUCUCACAGUUGCAAGUUUGGUUUAAAAAUGGUUUUAGCGUGUAUCAGGGCCACAGGCGAAUCUUAGUGGUAAAUACUGAUACCGAGCAAACUUGGUUGUCUUCAUAUUUUUGUUCCAGUAAUCCCAUCUGCUGUGAUCUUUGUGACAUCGAAGUAGCGAAUGGUCAGGAGCUGAUGGAUCACUUGGAGAGCAAGACUCACUGGGACACCCUGGAGCACAUCCAGCAACACAAUAAUUAUGACGAUAUCAGAAUGGCCUUUCUGCAGGUAAGACAAUACUCUGUACAGUUAAAUACUGAACAUACUUGGUGUCUUCAUUGAACCUUUAGACGGUGCUAUGGUGAUCCUCUUUGUAACAGGAGGAUGUGGAAUUCUAUAUCAAGAUAAAUUGUAGUGUGAGAUCGCACCAAAAAUACAGUGUGAGAGAAGAAAAACAAUAACAGUUUAGUGAUAUUUGAUAUGAAGUGUUUAAAAGCUAGUUGUAAAGUAUCAGCGCAAAGCAACAGGAGAUGGCAUGUAAUAUGAACAGUACCAAAUGUUUGAGAGUUAAUGUGUCCUGAUGGUGGUACAUGGUUUUAUCUCCACAGGACAUCCUGCUGUAUAGAAGCAGUCAGUGUAGUCGAGCCAUAGAGGAUCGUGCACUUCCAGGUAAAUGUCUUUAAUAAUACAGUGUUUGUGAUAACUAAGCUUACCUUCUGCUCCUGUCGAGAAAAAAAAAAAAAAAAAAAAACAUUAUUAUGGUUUGAUCAGAUUUUUUUUUAUUCAGCUUUACAGGACAAUGACCAUAUGACGAAGGUUGAAGUCUUCCACUGUGCAGCCUGUAAAGUCUUUGUCUCCACAUCGGCAUCUUCAGUGGAGACUCACAUAACCUCUCAGGAGCACCUUAUAAACACAGAGGUAACACUACUGUUGAGUAGCCCAACAUAAACCACAACGAUUUUAAUUCAAACGCUCUUAUUUUGCUUUUGGUAAAUAAAACAUUGACCAGAAAAGAAAUACAUUGAAAGGAUGAUUAUGUUCACUCUGAUUUCUUGAAGGAGUUUGAAGUAAAGCAGCGUCAUGUAUGUCUGAUCAAAGCAGAAACUAUGAUGAAGGAGCUGAAACCCCAGUAUGAACUCUUCUUGCAGGUAAUUUAAGAAAGUGAAUGAUUCAAAACAGCAUCGUAGGAAAUAUGUUUGUUAAAGAAAGCCAAAAGGAACUUCAUCGUUCAGCAAUGUGCAGCCUGAUAAUUGAACAUGCAAAACAAAAUUUGAGAUCAUAAUUUAGAAUUAUGUUGAUACAUAUGUUUAAUUUAUCAAUCAGGUCUUUCUACUAAUAGAGCAUAAUGAAAACUUAAAACAAAGAUGAAACUUUUUGCCGGUUUGGUAGGAUUUAAAGCCUUUUUUUUUUAAAGCGGUCUACUUUCAGUCAAGUUGCAGAACUGGACUUGCUUGAAGAGUUAAUGAAUGAUAAAUUAAAAAAACAAAUACAUGUUGUUGCUUGUCUCUGAUUGCUACCACACGUUCUGGAGCUGUUGGUUAAACACAGUAUUACACUUGAUGUGCUGUUUUACUUAAUAACCACGAUACAGAUUAGAACCUAGCAGCCCUGUAGGUAUUUCAAACUCAACGUCUUUAGCAUGAGGAGGAAACUGCAAUCCACUUGAAAAAUUGAGCAGGCUACAGGAAGAACAUUAAACGCCCCGAACAGAGAACCACUUCCCCAUUGUGCUGCACACCUCAGUACACAAAUUUACUUUAAAGUUGCAACAGACGCUCGAACCCUGCAGGGCUCUGAGCAAGUACCAGACAUUACUUUUGAGGUGGACUCUACCUGGGUUGCAUUAUUUUGCAGAUAGAGUUUUCAGAGGGCUUGACUGGACUGUCUUCUUUCAGGGCAGAAGUUCAUUUGAAUGAUGGAAAUCAACGCCUCCAGUGUCCUGCCUAAACAGAGACCCUGCUCUGCUUCAAAGAUCUACAGAUCUGACCUGCCUUCUCCACAUUCAUGAUGCUGCACCUCUCGUACAGACACUCACUGAUCAGUCAUUCGUUGUCUGAAUGGAAACACAAGUUAAUUUCCUUAGUUUACAUUCUGUUCAUACUUAUGUAGCUACAACUUUCAACGUUGUCAGUUUUGACAAAAUGAUGUUUGUAAUUUAUGUUAACCAAUCAAAUGAUUUUACAAUUUGUUAAAAAAAAACAUGGCAAAGGUCAACUUGUUUCCUUGUUUUUUUAUUUAGAACAACACAAAUGUUUUAAGCAUUGUAUCUGUGUGAUAUAGUACAUUAAAAAUUAAAUUAUCUCAAAACAGUAUAUUUAAACAUUAAAUAUAGGUGACAUGUUGUAUGAAGGGGAUCCUCAGCACUAGCUGUGCUUGUUCUUGGUCAUUUUUUUAAACCACCUUCAGUUUAAAUUUCUGUGUUUGAUUUUUGGGAACAAUGUGUUGACUGAAAUACUAUAAAACACUCUCUAUGCAUAACAAGUUUGCUGACACUUCAUUUCUGUUCUUGUUCAGUAGCCCACUUUCCGACCUGUGAUCUCUGGAGCUGUUCAUGGUGAGCUUCAAGUGUCAUCACUCAAAAUUCGUGUGACCUAAAAAAAAACAACAACCUGUGGGAAAACAUGUUGCAAUACAAAGGAAACAUGAUUUUAUGUAUCUUGUUAAUAUGGAAAUUGGUACAGAAGAGAAGUGAUCCCAAAUUUUGACAAAACGGACUCAAACCAUGAUAAAUCUGAGGUAAAAGUUGUCUUCAUUAGAAAUGGAUUCCACACUACAUUACUGCAUAAAACAAGAAAAAACAGUCAGUCCAUUUGGAAACCAUGUACAAACAGAAAAGAAGGUAACAAUAUCCAAAAUAAUUAACUUUGUCAUCUCUCUAAAUGUCAACAUUUUCUCUUUCAUAGAGGGAUAUUGUACUUUUGGCCAGUAUUUAAUUGAAUUAAAAAAAGAAGUGAAACAACAUCCAAUGUACAUACACAUACAGUCUAGUGAAAUCUAAAAAGGUCCCUACUGGCUUCAUGAGGCAGAGUUCGUGGCCGUCAGAGAGCUGUCCUGUUCAGUCUUGAGGGUUUUGGGCAGCGAGGUGACCUCGACCAUGCCAAGCCCUGUGUGAGGGACACUAGUGUUCAUUAUGUGUCUCUGUAAAUGUUUAAUCCAGUCCUCCUGCACUGAAAGGGGGCCCUGGAAGACGAGGUCACAGAACCUGUAAACAGAGGGAAAGAAUUAUGAUACUAAGUCGUGUUUGUGGUUUUGAGUCAUGCUGCCAAGAUGCUUAAAGAUGGUCUGGCCAGUCUGUUGAAUUUUGCACCAGUUUGAUCCACUGACAACAUUGGGAACUAUCAAAUUUUGAGGCACAUGGAUCAUCAGAUGCUGAACCUGAAUGGCAAAGGUGAUCUCUAAGCCGUUCAAAGUAACCUGACUGGAUUUAAACAUUCUUGUACAGUUUUGUAGGAGCAAAUUUUGACAUUGCUUAAAAGGUCAUAUGUAUCUUUGAUAUUUAUUAUCCACUUGCACCAACAAUAAGUGAUUUUGACCAUAACCUUUGUUUUUGUGCUUGUGUGGUAGUUUUUGUUCCAAUUAAGUUAAGAGUUAGUCCUUUGUUUAACCCAAAAUAUGGCAGCCACAAGCAUCAAAUAAGACACAUUUACAUGGUUAAAAUCCAUUCAAUGCUGCAGUCUACUGGAUUACUAAUUUCUUACGUUCCAUACAGUUCAUAUCAAUAUUAAGGAGUGUAACCAGCCCUGCUACUAAAGGAGUACAGGCAUUACCUGCAGGUGAGUCUGUACAUUUCUUCAGGAGUUUGUGGUAAGGGCAGUGUCUUCUUUUUUGGGCCAGGUCUUGAGCGUUGUCUUCUUAUUUUGCAGUCAAAUGCUGAAAGACAGACAUCCAAUUUAACCAGUUUCUCUCAUGUAACAGCUCAGCCUUCAUAACAUAGAUGAACAAAAAGUCGACGAUAAUCACUAAAAACUGGAUGUCUUUCGUCAAAUAACAUUUUUCAAACAACACUGUUUUCAGAAGUAAAAUAAACGGUUCAAAUGUUCUAAA